ACUUUAGUAUUUUAAAGAUGAUUCGAAUUUUUACAUCGUUAUCGGGUUAGCAUUGUAAGCCAUGGACGCUCUUUCGUGUUAGGAGAUAAGGAAAACUGCUCAAUCAUGGCAGACAAUUCUCAACGCGAGAAAAUCGAACAAUUUACGAACUUAACCGGCGUAGAAGCAGAUAGAGCUAAAUUUUAUCUUGAAUCGUCUGGAUGGAAUAUAGAGCUUGCAGUUGCCAGUUUUUAUGAGCAUGGAGAUGAUGAUGAUGUCCAAGUAGUAGAGCCUCCUCCUGAGGAAAAUGUUGUAGCACAAUCACAGCCACCUCCUCCCCAGAGAACAGGAGCCACAAAAUCAAGGUUUGGGACUAUUUCUGCUCUUUCACAAAGCGACAGUGAUAACUCGGACUCAGAAGACAAGGGGCAAGCAUUUUAUGCUGGAGGUUCAGAACACAGUGGACAGCAAGUGUUGGGACCACCAAGAAAAAAAGAAAGUGGAAAGAAAAUUGUGGACAACCUUUUCAAAUCAGCUAGAGAGCAUGGAGCAGAAGAUGUCGGAGAAGGAUCCCAAUCACAGUCCCAAGGGGCGAGUCGGCAUGCCUUUGGUGGAGCAGGAUACAAACUUGGGGAGACAGAAGACGACCCAGUCAGUGUUGUACAGGGGAAACCCCUGGGAGGGGGAAAAAGACAGGUUGAUAUGGUGCUAAAGUUAUGGAAGAAUGGCUUUAGUAUAGAUGAUGGGCCACUAAGGGAUUUCCAGGAUCCAGCCAACAAACAGUUCCUGGAUGCCGUAUCAAAGGGGGAGGUUCCCCAGGAACUAAUCAGCAGAGGAAAGGAGGUCAAUCUGAAUAUGGAGGAUCACCGCACAGAGGAUUAUGUCCAACCCAAAGUCUCUGUUAAACCUUUUACAGGUGAAGGCCACAUGCUAGGAAGUCCUGCACCAUCUUUAGCAAAAUCUCCUUCCUCGGGCUCCAGUGCCUCUGGCAACACAGAAGAUGCAGCUAAACAACGGGUCAAGGUCAAUGACAGUGCCCCAACCACAAAUCUCCAAGUCAGACUAGCGGACGGGUCAAGAUUAGUGGUAAAGUUGAACCACACACACAAAAUCAGCGAUGUCAGGAAUUACAUAACCAUAGCCCGUCCCGAGUAUGCCUCAGCCAGCUUCGUACUGAUGACUACAUUUCCAAACAAAGAACUCACAGAUGAAAACCAAUCCUUAGCUGACGCCAAACUUUUAAAUGCAGUGAUUGUGCAAAGAAUGAAAUGAUUAUUUCAACAUUUGAACUUAGUCAUGAAUUUCUCCUCUCAGAGUUAUCUCCCUUUGGGUAUAAUUUAAAAAACAAAACUAUGUAGCUUUCUUGUUCAUUCUUGUCUCAUUUUGCAUUUUAUUUAGCAAAUUAUUUUUUUCAAAUAUUUUUUAGAUGUUUUUUAAGCAAUAAAUUGAAAAACAAAAAUUAAAGUAAAGCACACAAGCCAAUCUGAUUUGCUGUUAGUGGUGUAUGUAUUCAUUCAUAUUUAAGUUGGCCUUUAUUGUAGAGGCUGGUUUACUGAUUAUUUCUUGUUCAUGAACAGAUUGUUGUCAAGCCAUGAUGAGAAUCAUGUCAAUAAAAUUGUUGAAAAUGA